AUGCGAAGAGGAAAGACGCAACCAGAAGAUGUUGCUUCACAAUUAUCAAUCCCUAGAAAUGGUGAUAAAAAUGGUUGCCGGAGGGAGAAGAAAUUGUCAUUAGGCAUCAGAAGUGUAGCUAGAAUGGAGGUAAUCAUGACAUCUCCUGUCCAGAAGUGUUUAAUGAUGGAAAAUGGUGGAGGUGAUGAUUCUGCUAAGAUGACUAAAUCAAAAAAAAGGAGAGAGAAAAAAAAGCUCAAGUUGAAUGCUGAAAAUCCUGAUAGCAAACGCAUACUUCCUCAUUUUUAUAUCAUCUCACAGUCAUCCCUUGCAUCUGUUGAUCAGAAACAUGCAGCAUCAGUUCCAAUUUCUGGUGAUGCAAAUACAGGGUCAAAAAGAGAAGAUCAUAUGGAAACUUCUAGUAGCAAGAUGAUUUCAGAUAAAAUUGCAACUCCUGAUGCAAAGAUAGUAACAAAAGGAGAAGAGGGAACAACUGCAACAGAUAAUACAGUGUCAAAAAAGAGAAAGAGGCCGAGAAAAAAGAAGAAUCAAGCCUCAAAUGACAUGGUGACUGUAGAGAAAGAUUCAAGUAAAACUGCAACUGAUGAUGCGAAAAUGGUGUCAAAAGGAGAAAAUCAUAUGGAAAUUUCUAGUAACAAGAUGAUCUCAGAUAAAACUGCAACUCCUGAUGCAAAGACAGUGUCAAAAGGAGAAGAUGAAACAAAAGUUGCAAAUGGUGAAAUGGGUUCAGGUACAACCCCAACAGAUAAUACAAUGCCAAAAAAGAAAAAAGACAAGAAAAAAAAGAAGAAGAAGAAUCAUGAAGCCUCAAAUGACAUGGUUACCAAUGGUGAAAUGGUUUCAGAUACAACUGCAACAGAUAAUACAGUGUCAAAAAAGAGAAAGAGGCCAAGAAAAAAGAAGAAUCAAGCCUCAAAUGACAUGGUAAAUGUAGAGAAAGAUUCAACUAAAACUGCAACUGAUGAAGCAGAAACGGUGUCAAAAGGAGAAAAUCACACAGUAGUUACAAAUGCAAGUAUGGGUGCAAAAAGGGUAAAGAUGGAAAGUGUAAUACAAAGAGGAAAAAAGAAGGUAUCUGGAACUACAAAACCAGGGAAAAAGCUUUUGAUUUUUGAUAUAAAUGGAUUGCUUGCAGAUAUUGUGUCACCUCGCCCACAAGAUGUGCAAGCAGAUUAUUAUAUUCCAAAACGAGCAAUAUUUAAAAGACCCUAUUUGGAUGGUUUUUUGCGGUUUUGUUUUGAGAGAUUUAAUGUUGGCAUCUGGUCUUCAAGAACAAAGCAAGUUUUGUACCCAGUGGUUGACUUUUUGUUAGGAGAUUUAAAGAAGAAUCUCCUUUUUAUUUGGGAUAAUUCAUUUUGCACGAAUACAGGGAUGAAAACUCUUGAAGAUAAAUACAAGCCAAUGGUUUUCAAGGAUUUGAGAAAGAUUUGGCUGAAAAAUGGUCUUGGGAAUUCUUGGAUGGAAGGAACUUUUAAUGAAUCAAAUACGUUGUUGUUGGAUGAUUCUCCAUAUAAAGCAUUGUUGAAUCCUAAGAAUACUGCAAUCUUUCCUCUAUCUUACAGCUACAAGGAUAAGAAUGAUGACUUUCUAGGUCCCAAUGGUGAUCUCCGAAGGUAUCUUGAAGGGUUGGCAGAGAGUGAUGAUGUGAAAACGUAUGUAGAGCAACAUCCAUUUGGCCAAUCUGCCAUCGAUCAAACACACCCAAGUUGGGCCUUCUAUGCAAAAGCUCUCAAGAGUCAAAAAUAGUACAACUUAACCAGCAUAUGGUACAACUCUGAGUAGCACAAAACACAAUACGAGCUUAACUCAAAAUUUGUUGUAGGCGAAAAGUAGUUUCUGCCUUUUUGUAGUAGUGAAAACAUGAAAAGCUCGUGCAACUCGUUUUUUGUAUUGCAUCAAGUGGUUGUACUCUAUGCAUGAAAUACUUGCACAUUUUGGAAAACAAUGUUGAUCAAUAUAUUUUUGUAGUAAAGCACGACUAUACAAUCAAAGUUGUUACCAUGUAGCAGCAAAUUAAUAGAAAAUUUCUACUUCUCUAUUUGUACAUGCGUACAUGCAUUUAGUGAUUUAGAUUUAGAUCAUCAAACACUUUUAUAUGAUGUUAAUGUACUCUAAAUAAAUGGUCC